AUGGUUCUCGGAAGAAAAACUCGUCAUCACCCCGGUGGUACAACUGUCACUACCACCACCACCACAACUCAUCAUCCGGGCUCAGCAGGAACACCUGCCAGAGGUAGAGCUGUGGGCACUAAGCCAACUCUGAUGCAACGGCUGCGUGGCAGAACAGCGCCUCGAGCGCCGGCCACGACAGCUCGACCAGCCCGACGAAGUCGGUUCGGCGGCGGUACUCGGACCACACGAGCAGCCCCAACCACCACGCCUCGCCGCAAGACCAGUAUGAGCGACAAAGUGUCGGGCGCCAUGCUCAAGCUCCGUGGCACGCUGACUCGUCGCCCUGGACAAAAGGCAGCAGGAACCAGGCGAAUGCAUGGGACUGAUGGGAGGGGGACCCGAAGAUACUACUAG